CCGCACUCGCGACGAAUGAUAGCCGAGCGAUCGCGUGUGACCGCGGUCGCGUUCACUGCAUUGUCGCACACCACGCUUUCCGUCCCGCGGCACUUGAUAGCUCUCUCGAACAACGGUGAUCCUGCACUGAGCCCGUUUAGCCAUAGUAGCACUUGACGGUGUGCCGGAGACCAGUAUUUAUAUUUUCAGACGGACAUGCCUCUGCGAACGGGCUUGAACGUCUUUAUUCGGCGCUGGGCUUGCAGUUCGCCGAAACACACCGUGCAGCGGCGAUUCGUUUCCACCGGCCCAUUCGUAGUCUCGGAAGAAGUGUCGGCUGCACUGCACGAUGGCCGCGCCAUUGUCGCACUGGAGACAAGCAUCAUGACCCAUGGAAUGCCCUACCCGGAGAACAUCAGUACGCAGAAAGAGCUAGAAGCCAUCGUUCGAGGUCGUGGUGCUGUGCCAGCCACGGUUGGCGUUCACGGUGGGAGUCUUCAUGUGGGUUUGGACAUGAACAGCCUAGAACAUCUGGCACAAGUGGGUAGUCGGGCAGCAAAGAUAUCGAGACGGGACCUACCUGCGGCGCUGUCGAAGGGACUCUCCGGGGGAACAACGGUGUCGGCAACCAUGGUAGCGUGCAACCGGGCCGGCAUUCAGGUGUUCGCCACCGGAGGCAUCGGAGGAGUGCACAGGGGCGGAGAAUCCACUUUGGACAUAAGUCCGGACGUCAUGGAACUUGGCCGCAGUCCUGUCACUGUCGUGUCAUCCGGCAUCAAGUCAAUCCUGGACAUAGGCCGCACGCUUGAAGUUCUGGAGACCGAAGGCGUUUGCGUGGCAGCCUUUGGAGAGAGCCAGGAGUUCCCGGCGUUCUUCGCCGUCCGCAGCGGGUAUCAGGCUCCGUGGCGUGUUGCUGAUGCCGCUGAGGCUGCUUCCCUUAUCGAAAGCCGAAACGCACUGCACUUGGACAGCGGUGUCCUGAUUGCGGUGCCCAUUCCGAAGGAAUUCGAAGCAGAUGGAAAUGUUAUCGAAGAGGCCAUUCAGCAAGCGCUCAGGGAAGCAGAGGCCGCCGACUUGACGGGCAACGCCGUGACGCCGUUCAUCCUGCAGAAACUGACGGAGAGGACCGCGGGCGCCACUCUACGAGCCAAUGUCGCCUUGAUCAAAAACAACUCGGCCAUUGCUGCGGACAUUGCCAGUGCUCUUGCCAAGAUUGAAGGAGAGAACAAGCAACGCAGCCUGUUUCGUCCAUCGAUACCGCCACAGCCAUCCCCACCGGUAGCUAGAACUUGACAAUGCAUGUUGUGAUAAAAGCUGGUAUUGCGCCCA